CCGCAAAUGCAUUACUAUAAUUUAUAACCAACAUUUCUAAAUCCCUGAUACAUUAAAUUCGAACCCGCUGUGUUGUUAUUACAAACCUCCCACAAAUAUCUAAAAGGCAUUCAUAACAACCCUCUCCCCAAUCCAUCAGUAAUGGAGGUUUACGCAUAUCCAUCUCAUUUUAUGCAAUCAUCGUCGCUAGUUUCUUCAUUUUCAUUUAGGAAUUUGGUUUUCAAAGUUAAAGACUUCAUUAGCUCUGCAGUUUCCAUGGUUAUUGGGAAUGUAUUCUCUGCAAUUUUCACCUUCUUCUUUGCGUUGGUAGGAACAUUACUAGGAGCAUUAACGGGAGCUUUGAUAGGUCAAGAAACAGAAAGUGGUUUUGUCAGAGGAUCUGCAAUUGGAGCAAUUUCAGGUGCCGUUUUCUCAAUUGAAGUCUUUGAAUCUUCCCUUGUUUUAUGGAAAUCAGAUGAAUCUGGAAUCGGAUGUCUUCUUUACUUGAUUGAUGUCAUUGUCAGCUUGUUAAGUGGAAGGCUUGUUCGGGAACGGAUCGGCCCUGCUAUGUUGAGUGCGGUUCAGAGUCAGAUGGGAGCGGUUGAAACAAGUUUUGAUGAGGUACAAAAUAUUUUUGACAUUGGUGGAUCUAAAGGCUUGACUGAAUAUUCGGUUGAAAAGAUACCUAAAGUUGCGAUUACGCGUGAUAAUGAUGUGGACGAAUCGGGAGAGCUAGUUUCUUGUUCCGUGUGUCUUCAGGAUUUUCAACUUGGAGAAACUGUGAGGAGUUUGCCACAAUGUCAUCACAUGUUUCACCUACCUUGCAUUGAUAAAUGGCUGAUGAGACAUGGAUCUUGCCCAUUAUGUAGAAGGGAUCUUUAAUCUUUACUUUUUCUUUUUUCUUUUUUAAUUUUUUUAAAAACUUUCUGUACAUUCAUAUAUGAAAUUUUAUCAUUUAAUGGUAUUACAAUAAACAAAACCUUAACAAAAUUCGAUCUUUUCACACACCCAUCACUUCGAUUCCAUGAAAUUGUGAUUAUGGAUCCAUAAAAUGGAAUUAAUUUAUCCGAUCGUGUAUCAUUUUCUUAUAAAAUAAUGAAUUUGAGAUAUUUUUGAAGUCAAUAAUUGUAACGCCGUGGGGUUGGGAGCAGAAAUGGAGGUGGAAAUUAUGAACCACCGACUGUAUUUUGCUGACGUGGAUUGGUUAGGUUUGAGUUUUUUCGUUGAUGAAAAUCUAAUGAGUUUUUUCCAUAAUUAAAUUUCAUGUUUCAGAGUAAUGUACAAAUUUUGUUGCGCAAUGUAUAAGUUUGUGAAGCGUGAUUCGUUUGUA